AUGAAGUUUAUUAGAGAAUACAGAGAAUAGCAAGAUUAAAUAAAGAAAUAGCAAUUGAAGGAGCAGGUUAUUGCCUCUGAACAAGCUAAAAUGCUUAGGUCAACCACAAAAUUAGGAUAUAAGAGUCUAUACGGGCAGUAUACAUCUAGAAACUAACCUACUGAAAGUCCUAAGAACAGAUACAUGAAUAAAUAGAAGAAGACUAAGACUGAAGAAGAGAAGAACAAGCAAGAAUUUAUUGACAAUGAGUUAAGAAAGAAAUAAAAAAUAAACCCCAAUUUGAUAGACUCAUUAAAUGACUACAUUAGGCAGCAAUAAAAUAUGAUGGAGUUGAGGGAAUAUCAGAGAGAUAAAGAUCAUUACAAUGUGAUGUUCAAAACUGUUGAUGAGAAUGAAAUAUUUGGAUAGAACCUUAAAGAUCAUGCUCUUAACAAAAGUAGAUUACCAAGGCUGGUUAAACUUAAUAAAAACUAAUCAAAUUCUAACAUACUCAAUUCAAGCUAUAUUAGUGAUCAAGAUGUGAGUAGAUUCUUGACUAAUGUUGAUAGACAUACUAAACGCAAUGAAAGGAAAAAUAAAAGUUUAUAUAGCUCAAUGCGAAGGAGUAUGCAAGUGGUUGAUUAAUAAAAUAAAAAAAUGCUUGAUAAAAUUGAAAAUGCUUCUGAUGAUUCGAUUGACUUUGAAGAACUGAAUUAUGAUUUCAAAAAAUUAAAACUAGAGGCUAAGUCUACUGCUAAAAGUAACUCAUCACUCAGUAAAAGCUGGAUAAAGAAACCAAACGGGUAAACAUCUCAUCCAGGGGCUUAUGGAAAGGGAGCUAAAAUGGGUUUAGAUUUGGAAGUCCAAUAAGACCAAAUGCUGUAUUCUUAAUAGAGCGAGUUGAAUAUAAAGCAGCCAAGUAUAUGA